AGCACGCACGACCGCAAAUUCUGUAUUGCGACAUGCCGAAAAACGGGUUGAAUGAGAUGCAAUACUUGUUUGGCUCUUGUUAAAAGAGAAACUGUGACACCAGGCUUCUUACCACGGACUUGUCCACAGAUCCUGCCCCAAAAAAGCGAUGCUGGUCACCGUUUUCUGCGCGCCGAGGGAUCGCCCAGAAACCACCUUCGCCCUCGAUGUGUCCCCAGAGCUGGAACUGAGAGACUUCGUAGCACUUUGUGAGCUGGAAUCAGGAAUCCCAGCAGGGGAAAUCCAGAUCACAUAUGUUGAACAGCCCCUAAAAGACCUCACUCGUGCCUUGGGGACAUACGGUGUAAAGGAUGGAGACGUGGUGGUUCUCCGGCAAGCUGACAGAAGGCCACCACCGGCUCAGCCCGCCUUCCCAGGUCUGCCCCGUAUUGACUUUAGUUCCAUCACAGUCCCAGGCACCUCUUCUUCAGCCAAUCAACAUGGUGCCGUACGACCACAGCAACAGGCUCCACCGCAGCGUGCCGCACAGCCUUCCACGCCAAUGGCCUUUCGUGGGUCCUCUCCUCAGGGGCUGGACGACCCCGCCUUACUUCAGCAGAUGCUUUUAUCGAAUCCACACGAGCUAUCGCUCCUCAAGGAGAGAAACCCGCCGCUUGCUGAGGCCCUGCUGAGCGGAGACUUAGAGCGUUUCACCAAAGUGCUGCUGGAGCAACAGCAGGAUCGAGCCAAGAGGGAGCAGGAGAGAAUCAGACUUUUGACCGCUGAUCCUUUUGAUUUGGAAGCCCAAGCAAAGAUUGAAGAGGACAUCAGGCAGCACAAUGUGGAAGAAAACAUGACCAUAGCAAUGGAGGAGGCCCCAGAAAGCUUUGGACAGGUGGUUAUGCUGUACAUUAACUGCAAAGUCAAUGGCCACCCUGUGAAAGCUUUUGUUGACUCAGGAGCCCAGAUGACCAUCAUGAGCCAAGCAUGCGCAGAGCGCUGCAACAUUAUGCGACUGGUGGACAGACGCUGGGCCGGGAUCGCCAAAGGAGUGGGCACCCAGAAGAUCAUUGGCAGAGUUCAUUUGGCUCAGGUCCAGAUAGAGGGAGACUUCCUUCCUUGUUCUUUCUCCAUUUUAGAAGACCAGCCUAUGGAUAUGCUGCUUGGCCUGGAUAUGUUGAAGAGACACCAGUGUUCGAUCGACUUGAAGAAGAGCGUCCUCCUGAUCGGCACUACAGGCACAGAAACUCGCUUUUUGUCUGAGGCGGAGCUGCCAGAGUGUGCCCGACUAGCGUACGGCACAGAGGGACGUGAAGAUGCGCGCCCAGAGGAGCUGGCUGACAGAGAACUGGCAGAGGCGCUUCAGAGGUCCAUACAGGAAAGCGACAUGAACUACGUAUCCCAGGAUCCAGGGGGAGAGCUACAGCCUGGAGCCAUAAAGGGGGAUGCUGAAUCAGAUGAGGUGGAGAACAGCUCCAUGCUUCCCCAUUCAGAGGAACUUUCCCCCAUUCAGCCCAUGGAGCAGGAGGUGACAGAGUGUGAUACUGCUGUUACAACGGAAGUCGGUCCAGGUGCUCCCAGGGAACCUGACUCAAUUGAAAUGGAGUCUCCCACUGCUUCUGACAGUGUGGUGUGCUCUGAGAGGGAUCAGCCUGAUGGAGAGCACUGCUCCAGCUCUGAAAGCAUCCCCUCGUUGGCAUCUGCCCUUAGGGAGCUCCAUGAGCUGCUGGUAUCCAACAACUGUGCUCAGUCACAAAAUCGCAGCACCUCCUGCUCUCCUUCAAAUCCAUUCAGGCAGGACACAGACAACAUGUCCCCCGAACCGUGCACCUCAAUCCCCGAAAAUACCCAGCUUACCCCCUCUACUGCCAUUACACCCGGUGCAGAACCAAGUGAUGCCAAAGCCAACUAUGCUGCUGCUGUGUCUGAUGGAGAACCAUCUAAGUGUCUUGCGCCCCACCACUCUGGCCAGGAUGAACAUCUGGGUGGUGAUACAGUAGAGGCUGUGAUUGGACAAGGACCACUAGAGUGUCCACAUAGCUAUGAGGAGAGGAGGGCAGACAGAUGUGGGCAAGAUGAGGCGAGUAACAUCAGCUUUUCUCAGUCUGAGCCAGAGGUUCCACUUGAUCCCCCUGAGGAUCUGGAGUUCAGGGAGCCUCCUGAGGGGCAGCAUGGGAGAGGGGUCGCAGAUGGACAAGCCUCUGGCACCAAUACCCCAGACACCCUAGGCCUCCAAACUGAGCACACUUUCCUCAGCCCUAUGUCAAUGGCAGCGGGCUCACCGGAGGAAGUUUCAAGCAACUUGUCCUCAUCAGUUCCUCCUCUGGCUCAGACUCCCCAGCCUUCAUCUCCAGCCUCUCCUCUCCCUCCUCUACAUCCCUUUAUAGAACAGUUUCCAGCCGAGCACAUCCAGAGAAUCCAGGCAGCAGGCUUUUCUGCCAGGGAGGCUGCAGAGGCACUGGAACAAGCCCAUGGGGUUGUGGAGCUAGCUCUGCUGGCACUUCUAGCCCGCAGUAUCACUGUGCCCACCUAGACUCAAAACCAAUCACGUGAGUCCCUGGCCUCCCAAAUUAGCAUCUGUCUUAUUUGGAACCUUGUUACCAAUCCAGAUGUCUCAGUCCCCCAUUUUUAGCAGGGACCACGUAAAAGAAACAGGGAAAUGCUGUCUCUUGGUUUGUCGUACAGACUAUCCGAGAAGGAACAGGACAACUGCUGAUACUUUUCUGGCUAAAAAGAAAUGUGAGGUGUGUUUGCAUGCAGAUGUUUUGGGUCCUCACCCACUUCAUUGGUUUUUAGAGAUUUGGUAACAUAGAAUGAUUUUCUUCUCGUUUCAUCGUUCAGCAUUGAUAUAUUAUUAAAUGCCCGUUAUUGAUUACUGAACCAUUAAACAUUAUUGUAAUUCCCCCUCUUUGACAUAUCAUACAACUACUCUUGUCUAAUUUGUUAAUCGUCAAUAAAACAAAACAAUCUCAGAGUGGAGUAGCAUUACCCGCUACUCAUACCACAGUAACUUUUGUUUGGUGAGCUUGAGAUUAUUCAGCACAAAUGUGGAUAUUUUAAUGAUUUUUUUUCCUUUUUUGAAUAAAACCUAAUGCAACAACCCAAUGAUGGAAGAACUUUUGCAGUUAAGGAGGGUUGAUCAUUUUUGAUCAAGUUUACAAUUUCCAUUGACAAGGGAAACCCAACAUGUCAAUGUUAUCAUCACUAUAAAAUAACGAGUGGGUUCGCCGUAGUACGAUCAUAAAUGGGAUUGAUUGAUUCAGUAUGUUAUUUACCGAAGGUAUCUUGUACUGUAUGUAUCCACAUUUUUCAACGCUUUGCCAUGUCUAGAUUACAAAUCUGUUUGUAGCUCCCAUUCAGGAAGUCUUUUAUUUUGUGUAAGUUCUUCGUAGUGUGUGAUCAUGUGUUCAAACAUCCAUAUUUUAUUUUAUAAUCUGUUUUAAAAAAAUAAAAAUAAAAAAAUGUCAGACGUUUCAUCAGUAUGUCAUCUAUCGGGACUUUUAAUGGCUUUAUUUGAGUCAUGUACAUUAUCCACAAUGUUCAGGCAGAUUGAAUUAUUUACUUUUAUCUUGUAUGGAAUUUUAA